AUGUUACGCAACGACCCGAAGAACCCGUGUAACAAGAUCCUCAACAUCAAAGAAACUCCCUACGCCGACCGUCUACCCGUCCUUCCCUGGGGCCGAACAACGCCGCAGACUUUCGAGACUGGGCACAGCUGGCUCACACAGUUCCAACCCGUCGCGGGGACCUCCUCAAACCGUCUGCUGCAGCAGCUGCUGGAGGCCGUUCGUGAAAGGCCGGACAGCCCGAUGAAGAUGCGAAGAAAGCAAAACACCCCAACCCAGGGUCCGGCCACGUCCGAUCCUUCUAACGGGUUCUCCCGAAUCGUCCAGGUCAUUGCAUUGGUUGCCUGUUUGGUCGUCGUCGUCUCCGCCGGAUACUACGAGCUGGAUCAUCAUGACUACUAUGCCUACCCCAAGUACAAGUUCGAGUACGGGGUGCAGGAUCCCCACACCGGGGACCACAAGAGCCAGUGGGAGCACCGGGAUGGCGAGGUCGUUGUUGGAUCGUACUCGCUGGACGAAGCUGACGGUACGCACCGGGUGGUGACCUACAACUCGGACGACCACAACGGAUUCCAGGCCCACGUGCAGCGCGUUGGCCACGCUCAGCACCCGCACGGGGAGAGCUACUCGAACAUUGAUCAGCACCAUUGA